AUGAAGCCUCCAACUAGGCCGAUUCGUCGGCUCCUGGUUGCUAAUAGAGGAGAAAUUGCUAUUCGCAUUCUUCAAGCUGCUCGUGAACUACCAUCAGGUGUCCCAAUUGAGACCUUUGCGCUUUAUACGGAAGGAGACCAAACACACUGCGAGGUUGGUCGCCCGGAUCACCAGAUUUUGCUUUCCUCGCCGGGGAGAUAUAUGGACAUCUCGUACCUUGUCACUCUAGUUAAAACCCAUUCCAUUGAUGCCAUUCAUCCAGGAUAUGGGUUCCUGAGCGAAAGUGCCGAGUUUUCCCAACGACUAUGGGAAGAAGCAGGAACUAUUGUUAUAGGGCCCGGCUGGGAGAUCCUUGAGCAGAUGGGCGACAAGCUGCAGGCCAAGGCGUUAGCGGCACGUUGUAAUAUUCCAGUUUUACCAACAGUAGAGAUUUCGACUGCAGCCCUGGAUAAGGCUCGUGAAUUUGCCCAUAGAGUCGGCUAUCCUAUCAUGAUUAAGGCCGUCGAUGGGGGCGGUGGGCGAGGGAUCCGGUUAGUUGGCGCUCCAGAACAGCUUUCCAGCGCAGUUGAACGAGCCCAGGGAGAAUCUCCGUCAAGAACAGUCUUUGUGGAGAAGGCUGCGGUAGGUGGAUUUCAUCACGUCGAGGUCCAAAUCAUCGGCGACGGAACAGGGCAAGUGAGGCACCUCUGGGAGAGAGACUGCAGUAUGCAAAGGCGAUUCCAAAAGAUUGUCGAGUAUGCACCUGCUAUCAGUCUGAGUCGUUCAGUUAUCAAGAGCAUUAUCGAUGCGGCUAUCAAGAUGGCUAGUGCCACACAAUAUUUCUCUCUGGGGACAUUCGAGUUUCUCGUCAAUGGCAAUACAAAAGAAUUUUAUUUUCUCGAGAUUAAUCCUCGGCUACAAGUGGAACAUACGAUAACUGAAUGCAUUUCUGGCGUUGAUUUAGUACAAACGCAGCUCCUUCUAGCCCAAGGCCAACCUCUAGACACCGUGGGACUUGGAAAAAUGAAUGACCCAGAAUUGACGCCAACACAACGAUCUAUUCAAUUGCGGCUCUGUGCAGAGGACCCAGGAUCAAACUUUUCUCUGAGCGUGGGCAAUGUGUCCCAGUUGGUGGUUCCUAGCGGGCACGGUGUUCGAGUUGAUACACAUUUCUCUUCGAUAUCACCUACACUCGUUGGGUCCGAUUUUGACAAUUUACUAGCCAAAAUUAUAAUCACCGCUGGUGACUGGGAAGCAGUUAUCCGCAAAGGCCGGCGCGUGCUAGCCGACACUAUGGUUUCUGGAGUGAAGACAAAUUUAAAUUUGCUGAGAGGAAUCAUGGAUCACGCCCAUCUCAUGCAAGGAAGUCCUGAUACGCAAUGGCUUGAAAGCAAUCUAGUUGAUCUGCUGAAUUCUGGCCAUGAGCUUUCAGAAAAGACAGCCUUAAGUAGUCCUUCGAACUCGACCACGUCUUCACAUGGAAACCUAGUAGCCUCUUCAUCAAAUGUCCUUUUCCGCAAAGGUGACGCCUGGUCCAUGACGUUGGAGCCGCUUUCUCAGUCUGAUAAACAGAAAGCUUCUCCAUCUCAAAGCAGUAUACAGAGCCACCUCCUUCUCACAAGAGUUCUUCGCAACGAAUUUCCCUCUUCUCUAACAGCAGAAGUUGAAUACGCUGUUUCUUCCUCAUCUUCUCCGGCAAUACCAUAUCGACUACAUUUAGCCGAGACAAGUGCCUCCGCGUCAGCUCUUGCUUCAUCGACGAGCCGUCCUGGUGAUUCGUCUAAUCCGAAUCACUUAUUAUUUCCGCUAUCAGGGAGACUGACUGAGGUACUUGUCGGGGAAGGAGACGAGGUUGCAAGGGAUCAAGUCGUCGCUUAUGUCAAGCAAAUGAAGAUGGAGCUGGAAAUUAGAAGCCAUCGGCCUGGGGUGGUGAAAUGGGUCGUCCAGAUGGAGGAGUCUUCGCAAAGUCAAGGCAUGGACGUUGCAGAAGGUCAUCUGUUGCUGGAAUUUAACGAAAAGGAAAAACCCCAUGUGCAGCAGCCGGCCACCAAAGGGAAGCUUUAA